GACUGCACGUAGUCAGGUGUCAUUUCAAGGAACUAUACUUGAAAACUUGAGGAAGUGAAGUAACGUUUCUGUUAGUGUCUGCUUUCCGUUUACUUUAACGAAAAACCACGUCUUAAUGAUUGUAAUUUCACCGUGUAGACUUUGAUAUUGACAUUUAUAUUUGCUGCCCACAAGGAUGAAGGUGGCAACAUUCUUACUUUGUGCCCUUGCGUGGGGGGCACACAGGACGGUUUGUGAUACACCCGCUAACUGCUCUUACGAACAGCUGCUGGGUACCUGGGUAUUCCAGGUGGCAAAGGGAGGGCAAGACCGGACGGUCGACUGCUCCAAGAUGGGUCCAUCUGUAAAAACUAUAACAGUUCAUCUGGAAAAACCUGAUGUGGCAUCAGAUGAUUUGGGAAAUUUAGGCUUCUUCACAUUAAUUUACAACCAAGGGUUUGAGGUGGUUUUAUCAGGUUAUAAGUGGUUUGGAUUUUUCAAGUAUGAACAGAAAGGCUCUGAAGUUAUCAGCUAUUGUGAUCAAACUCUUCCAGGAUGGGCUCAUGAUGUCCUGGGGCAUAAUUGGGCAUGUUUUCUUGGAAAGAAGUUGAAUUCUUUGCCACACAGUAUUUCUUUAAAUACUGUUCUGAACCACAAACAUUUGCUUCUUCAACAGCCAUUGAAAACAAACCCACAAUUUGUCAGUGCAAUAAACUCAGUGCAGAAAUCAUGGACUGCUACAGUUUACAAGGAGCUUGAAUCUUUCUCUUUGGAGGAGCUGAUCAGACGAGCUGGAGGACAUGGAUCCUAUAUUUCCAGACGUCCGAAGCCUGCUGCUGUGUCUGCAGACAUUGCUAAACUAACUUCUCGUUUACCUGACUCUUGGGACUGGAGGAAUGUUAAUGGAGUUAACUAUAUAAGUCCUGUCCGCAACCAAGCUUCUUGUGGUAGUUGCUAUUCAUUUGCUUCUAUGGGCAUGUUAGAGGCACGUAUACGAAUUUUGACAAACAACACCCAGACUCCUAUCCUCAGUCCACAGCAGGUUGUUUCAUGCAGUGAAUACUCUCAAGGUUGUGAUGGUGGAUUCCCAUAUCUGAUUGCUGGUAAAUACAUCCAGGACUUUGGUGUAGUUGAGGAAGGCUGCUUUCCAUAUGUUGGGAAGAACACAGAAUGCACUGUAAAAGACAACUGCCUUCGUUACUAUACGUCUGAUUAUCACUAUGUGGGUGGUUAUUAUGGAGGCUGCAAUGAAGCGCUGAUGAAAGUAGAAUUGGUUAAGAAUGGUCCAUUGGCAAUUGCUUUUGAAGUCUACCCAGACUUUUUACACUAUCAAGGAGGUAUUUAUCAUCACACUUGGUUAAAGAAUGAGAUAAACCCUUUUGAGCUGACAAAUCAUGCUGUACUGCUUGUUGGAUAUGGUAAAGACCAACAAACAGGAGAGAAAUACUGGAUCGUAAAAAAUAGCUGGGGAGCAAGUUGGGGAGAAGAGGGGUACUUUAGAAUCCGCAGAAGCUCAGAUGAGUGUGGUAUAGAAAGCAUUGCUGUGGCUGCUACACCAAUUGCACAAAUAUGACAUCAAUUUUCAGAUAGUAUAUUUUACUAUGCAUAAUAAUACUUCUAAAAUACUAAAAGUUCCUUGUUCAAGUUAUAAAAAUAUUUUUACCCUUUUAAUACUUUGAUGUGUUGAAUAAAAAUAUUUUAAUCUGGUAUGUAACAAGCUUUCUUUAUCAUAAAUAAAUUUUUUUAAACAAA